AUGAACAGAGGAAUCGAAGUUAUGUCACCAGCGACAUACUUAGAGACAUCAAACUGGCUGUUCCAAGAGAACAGAGAAACCAAAUGGACAGCCGAAGAGAACAAGCGGUUCGAAAACGCUUUAGCCUUUUACGACAAAGACACACCGGACAGGUGGCAGAAAGUCGCCGCCAUGCUCCCCGGAAAAACCAUCAGAGACGUGAUCAAACAGUACAGAGAGCUAGAGGAAGAUGUCAGCGACAUCGAAGCUGGUCUCAUCCCAAUCCCUGGCUACGCCUCCGAUUCCUUCACACUCGACUGGGGAGGCUACGACGGAGCCUCCGGAAACAAUGGGUUUAACAUGAACGGAUACUACUUCGCCGCCGUCGGUGGAAAGAGAGGAUCUGCCGCUCGUGCGGCGGAGCAUGAGAGGAAGAAAGGUGUUCCAUGGACAGAAGAAGAACACAGACAAUUUCUGAUGGGACUGAAGAAAUAUGGAAAAGGAGAUUGGAGAAACAUAGCUCGCAACUUCGUGACCACAAGAACGCCGACGCAAGUCGCGAGUCACGCUCAGAAGUAUUUUAUACGGCAGGUCAACGGAGGCAAAGACAAACGCCGAUCAAGCAUCCAUGAUAUCACCACCGUCAACAUCCCCGACUCUCCUGAUGCUGCUGCUGCCGAUAACUCAACCGCCUCGCCGCCUUCACUAGGAGGAAGCCAGAGGGAGGCGUCGGAUCAGUGGGAAGGUCAACCGCUGUACGAUGAAACAACGGCUGCGUUUUACAGUCAAAACGCGUUUUCUGAAACGCUUCUUGGUAUGUCCUCGACGCCGUACAUGGCGAAACUGCAAGAGCAGAGUUUUCUAAACGCAACGCAGUUCGAAUCGUACAAUGCGUAUCUCCAAAUGUAG